GAAGCAGGCUGUGAGCCAAGGGGACGACAGAGGACAGAUAUGAAUGUGUUCCCAAAAUUUCCUGGUGGUUUAUGGCAUUCUCCAAAGUCCUAUGCAAGGGCUGUUCUUGACCAAGAAGACCCAAGGAGACCAUCUCUGAAAUCAAGUCCAGAUGAAGAACUAAGAGAAAAAAAGUGAAUAUGGUUUUUGCUCACAGAAUGGAUAACAUCAAGCCACCUUUGGUUGUUCCUUCGCUUCUGGUGCCCCUCCAGAACCACAGCUGCACUGGAACAGCCGCACCCCUGCCAAGCCAUGACCCGAUGGAAUUAUACGAGGAGCACAGGCGGAUGAGCAACAAAACAGACCUUCAAUACAGACUGAAACCCGGGGAAGUGGCCACAGCCAGCAUUUUCUUUGGGACUCUGUGGUUAUUUUCUAUCUUUGGCAAUUCGCUGGUUUGUUUGGUCAUCCAUAGGAGUAGAAGGACUCAGUCCACCACCAACUACUUUGUGGUUUCCAUGGCAUGUGCUGAUCUUCUCAUCAGUGUGGCCAGCACUCCAUUUGUCCUGCUCCAGUUCACCACUGGGAGGUGGACACUUGGUAGUGCAAUGUGCAAGGUUGUACGAUACUUUCAGUAUCUCACUCCAGGUGUCCAGAUCUAUGUUCUUCUCUCCAUCUGCAUAGACCGGUUCUACACCAUUGUUUACCCACUGAGCUUCAAGGUAUCCAGAGAAAAGGCCAAGAAAAUGAUCGCAGCAUCCUGGAUCUUUGAUGCAGCCUUCGUGAUCCCCAUCCUCUUUUUCUAUGGCUCCAACUGGGACACUCAUUGUAACUAUUUCCUCCCUUCCUCCUGGGAAGGGACUGCCUAUACUGUCAUCCACUUCUUAGUGGGCUUUGUGAUUCCAUCUGUCCUCAUAAUCUUGUUUUACCAGAAGGUCAUAAAGUAUAUUUGGAGAAUAGGCUCUGAUGGUCGAACAGUGAGGAGGACAAUGAAUAUUGUCCCAAGGACAAAAGUGAAAACGGUCAAAAUGUUCCUCAUUUUAAAUCUCUUGUUUUUGGUCUCCUGGCUACCUUUCCAUGUAGCUCAGCUCUGGCACCCCCGUGAACAAGACUAUAAGAAAAGUUCACUUGUUUUCACAGCGAUCACAUGGAUAUCCUUUAGUUCUUCAGCCUCUAAACCUACUCUUUACUCAAUUUAUAAUGCCAAUUUUAGGAGAGGGAUGAAAGAGACUUUUUGCAUGUCCUCAAUGAAAUGUUAUCGAAGCAAUGCCUAUACUAUUACAACAAGUUCAAGGAUGGCCAAAAAAAACUACGUUGGUAUUUCAGAAAUCCCUCCCAUGGCCAUAACUAUAACCAAAGACUCAAUCUAUGAUUCAUUUGACAGAGAAGCCAAGGAAAAGAAGCUUGCUUGGCCCAUUAACUCAAAUCCACCAAAUACUUUUGUCUAAAUUCUCAGAAUUCUUUUACUUAUUGUUAUGCUCUGGAGAUUAAAAAGCAUUAACUAUAAAACAAGUUAUUUACAUAUUUUUUCACUCAACUUUCUGAGUUACUUUGUAAAAUGCAUUCAUUUGUUGAUUAUAGUUUUGUGACUUUUGUACUAGUUGCUUUUUGUUUUAGGAAAAGCAUUCACCUUAACUAUGGUCAUCAUUUUACUAUAUUAGUUGAGAUGUGUAAAAAAUUCCUUUUUACCUUUUAUUGAUCAUUAGGACACAGUCUUUGGUUAAUGAUUCCACCCUGUUUUAUUCUAUUUUCUUUUCCUUUUAUGUAUUGAAUUUUUAUAACUAUGGGCUUAUGUUUCAGUGAAAUCCUUCAUGUUUUACAUUUUGGGAAUGUGUAUUUAUUUCUUUAAGCAUUCAAGGAGGAAUUAAUACUGAAUAUAUUUUCAUAUUACUUUCUUCCAAGUAAUCACUAGCCAGAUCUGCUGUGAAAAGCAAUUCAUAUAUUACAAUAUACUGGAACUUGCUGGAAAGUCUUUUAUGAUUGGGUUUUAAUCAGAAUUCUUGGUGAAAAAAUGCAUUAUGUCUUGUUGAAGCUUCUCUCUCUUGAUUUCAUCCUUUAAUCAAAGCUACUGAUGGGGUCUUGAAAAUUCCAAAUUCAGUGUGAUGUUUUCCUCACAUCUGGGACCCAUCCAGGCUGCCUAACCUUCUUUCUCUGUAUUACACACAAGCAGAUGAGCAGAUGCUCUUGCUAGGCAUGUCCAAAAAUGUCAAAAGGGGAAUGACAGAUGAUAUUUCUUUGUGCUCUGUAAUUCAGUGAUCCUCAGCUGCCCAGCCUUAUCACCAGGACAGAAAGGACAGGACAGAACCAGGACAGAAAGGACAACGACCGUCUUCUCCUUUCUUCCUUCUCUUCAUCUCCUUUCAAGUCACAGCACUACACCCCAGCCAGACUCACACUCUUCCAUUGCCUAUAACUCGAGACUUUUCUAUAGUUCCCAGGUCUCCAUGAUUUUAAUUUUCUAGGACCACUUCAUUUAGGAAAUGUUUUCUGUUAAAUAAUAAAGGGCUUACAGACAA